UCAACUUAUGUGGAUGGUGAAGAUCUUUCAAAUCUACUACAACUAGUACAAUAUAUAGGAGUAUAAAUAAGUCGAAAAAAAAUCUGAAGCAAAAUUAUUGGAUCGAGUAUUAACCAGUGACGCCCCAUUGGGCUCAGACUGAAGGUGAUCAAUGAGGCCCACACAGCCCAUAUAUCCUCAUGCCAAACAAAUCCCAGCCGUAUAUUCCGACACCAUUCCGCUAAAUCUGUCCGUCCAAACAGCAUCCUCCGUGCCGCAACGUCCAGGGGGCAGUUCCGUAACUGCACCCGCCAAAACCCUAGGCGCGCGCGAGGCAGCCAACCCGGUCGCUCCCCUUCCCGGCCCGAACGGAGGCGGCCGUAUAAAACCCUCCUCCUCCCACCCAUCCCAGCUGUCACCGCACGGCCCCUCGCAUCGACGCAACCGCCGCUCAGCUCGAAGGGAAGCGGGAGAAGGAUGGACCGGUACCAGAGGGUGGAGAAGCCGAGGGAGGAUGCGCCCAUCAAGGAGAACGAGAUCCGCAUCACCACGCAGGGGAGGAUGCGCAACUACAUCACCUACGCCACCGCCUUGCUCCAGGGCAUGGAAAGUGAUGAAGUAAUAUUCAAGGCCAUGGGAAGGGCUAUCAACAAAACCGUCAUGAUUGCGGAAUUGAUCAAGAGGAGGAUUGUUGGCCUCCAUCAAAAUACUAUCACUGGAUCCACUGAUAUUACCGAUAUGUGGGAGCCGUUGGAGGAGGGCCUACUUCCGCUUGAGACAACAAGGCAUGUCUCUAUGAUCACUAUAACUCUUUCAAAGAAGGAGCUGGACAAGUCCGCUGUUGGAUAUCAAUCUCCUUUGCCUGCUGACGAGGUGAAGCCUUUGGUUGAAUAUGAUAACGACAAAGACGUGCACUCACCUGCUGGCCGAGGGAGGGGCCGUGGUGGUCGAGGUCGUGGGUGGGGCAGGGGAAGGGGAAGAGGUGGACGUGGAAAUGGGUACAAUGAUUAUGCUGAUGGCGGUUGGGAGGAUGACCAUGCACCUGCAUAUAUGGGCAACGGGUAUACCCAUGGAAGAGGCCGUGGGUUCAGGGGCCGUGGCAGGAGAGGUGGCUACGGUGGCCAGCCUGAUUACCAACAGGACGGAGGCUAUUAUGCUGAGGAACCUGUUCCUGCACCAACCCGAGGACGUGGUCGAGGGCGUGGCCGUGGGAGAGGCCCAGCCAGAGGCAGAGGACCCGGUGGCAAUGCAAACGGCGUGAUGCAUGCUGCUGCGGCCGGUGCAUAAGCUGUUUGAUGUUAGUUGGAUGCCUGCUCCAAUUAUGAAGAUGUAUCAUCUGUGUUUUUUAUCAGUUAACAUUAUACUUUGUAUAAGCUUGACAUUCUGUCGGAAUGCAGCCGGUUUUUGAUAUUUGGCUAGGUUUGUAGGGUAGUGUCUUAUAAUGCUUCCUUCUUUCCAGUAGAUGUCGUAAACUAAUUGUAGUGUUGUGUUCGUAAAGGUUUAGAGCAGGGCAUUCUUUCAAUUUUUUAAUAUAAAACGAAGUCUUGUUCCCUGUUGCAA